UAUGCCAGUAUACGUCGAAUAAUCAUGGAUGUGGGGUGUUGACCGUGUUAUUUUUUUUCUUUUCGAGUUUUUUUUUUAGUUUCUUAUUUAUAUUUUAUGAAAAAUAAUAAUUUUCUGUUUAUUUAAGACAACAAUGAAUUACAUAUAUACAGUGUCAGUGCAAGUUUGAUGAUUUAGUUGUGUUAAGUUGAUAUUUCAACAUAAUGAAGGUGGAUACAGUUGUCAGGAGGCGACGCGCUGUACUAAAUUUCUCAGGGUGCGUGUUCCUGUCUCUGUUGGUGUGGUGUCAAUGCUCGCAGGCGGCGGGUCCUCUGGGCCAGUCGGAGCGCCCGGAGGCCUACUUCAACGGCUCAUCGUACAUCCGACUCGCCACUCCGUUCUCACUAAAACAACUCGUGGGUCUCAGCUUCAGGACAUGUGUCGGUGGUGAGCUGUUCUCUCAGCGGUUCGAGGGUUACACGCUGCAUGUGACGGCCCUGCUGGAGCAGGUGGUCGUGUCGUGGGCGAGGCCCGGGCUGAGUCCGCGAGAGGUGGGGCUCGCGCGGGAGACGCUCGAUAACCGCUGGCACUGGGUGGCGCUCCGCUACCUGCCCAGCCCGCCGGCCCUGCUGCUAGAAGUCGAUAAAGAUACACAGGUGAUAUCGAACGUGACAUGGAACCCAGAGCUGUUGUCGAUGGGAGCCCUGGAGGCGGGCGGCGCGGUGGUGCUGGUGGGGAACCUGUUCUCGGGCUGCGUGCACGAGGGUCCUCAGCUAGAGUUUCACGCAGCACACGUACUGAAAGCGAGUGCUCGCUUUACGAGUUGUCCCCUCACUACGGAUGCAUGCAAAGACGGGAAGGACGUUCUGCGGAUACCCCCAAAAGAUCACUGCUAUAACGAACCGUGCCUCCGACACGGCACCUGCAUCUCGAGACACGAUAAGUACGAGUGUCACUGUACAGCGCGGUACACCGGCAACAACUGCGAGGUGGACAAAGGUGACCCGUGCGCCUCCAGCCCCUGCUGGCACGGAGCGCGCUGUGUAGAGGACGCCAGAGGAGACUACACGUGCCUGUGUCCGCCGCUAUACCGCGGCGUUCACUGCGAGCUGGAGGAGUCCCUGGACCCGCAGUGCGCCGCCCAGCCGUGCCGCAACAACGCCAGCUGCAGCGUGCCGCCCGGGAGCGACGAGUACGUGUGCGAAUGUGCUCCAGGUUACAGCGGACGAAACUGUGAGACCGACGUGGACGACUGUGCGGAGGCCGGCCAGGACGCCUGUCUGAACGGCGGACGGUGUGUGGACGAGGUCGACAACUACACCUGCGACUGCAGCGGAACCGGAUACACGGGCCCGCGCUGCGAGGCCAACGUCAACGAGUGUGAGGAGGAACGCGGCGUGUGCGGACACGGCGCCUGCUACGACACGUACGGCGGGUUCGUGUGCGCCUGUCUGCCGGGCUUCACGGGCGAGCGCUGCCACAAGAUGUCGGCCUGCGCCUCCGGCCCGUGCGGCGCGGGAGGGGCCUGCGUCGAGGAGAACGGCGGCGCGGGCUUCCGCUGCGUGUGCGCGAGGGGCCUUUCCCCGCCGCUGUGCGCGCCGACCCCGCCGCCGCCGUCCGCCGCGCCGCCCACGCCUGCCGCCACGCCGGGCGCGCCUCCCUCCACGCCCGGCGCGACGUGCGCGGACGUGUCGUGUCCGCCUCACUCGCACUGUGUGGUGAUGUCUCGCCAGAUGGUGUGCGCCUGCGACCUGGGCUUCUACGGGCCGGCGGGCGCUGCGCCCGACUGCUCGUCGCUGGAGACGGCGUGCGAGGCCGGCGUGUGUCUCAACGGGGCCACGUGCCUCCGCUCCCAGGACAGGCUGGAGUGCGUGUGCGCGCCCGGAUACCGGGGUAUGUAUUGUGAGACUGGUCCGUCGGGGAAGUCCCUGUCGGAGCGGUGCGCCUCCUCGCCCUGUGUGCACGCCGUCGCCUGUAGAGAUCUCGCGAGCGGGUUCCGUUGUGAGUGCGAGGCCGGUUGGAGCGGGCCGCGGUGCGAGGUGGAGGCGGUCGCGGGGGAGGGAGCCCCGGGCGCGGCCGAGGAGGACCCCUGCUCCUCCACACCCUGCAACAACGGCACCUGCACCGUCAGAGACAGCGCCGCCUUCGACUGCACGUGUCCGCCGGGAAUCACCGGAAAAUUUUGUGAAAACGACAUUGACGAGUGUGCACUGAUGCCAGACAUAUGUAACAAUGGGAAAUGUUUCAAUAUGCCCGGCUCCUACCAGUGUUAUUGCAAGCCAGGAUACACGGGAGUAAGCUGCGAGCAGGAUAUCGAUGAAUGCUUGUCUUUGCCUUGCAAGAACGGGGGGACGUGCCAAAACUUGGAGAAUAAUUAUGAAUGUACCUGUGUCGAGGGUUUCGAAGGCAAGGAUUGUUCAAUAAACAUCAACGAGUGUGCGGCCAACCCCUGCGCCGCCGGCUCCACCUGCAUCGACGGCGUGGCCAGCUACCGCUGCAUCUGCCAGGAGGGACUCACCGGACCACACUGCGAGACGAACAUUGACGACUGUGAAUCUCAGCCUUGCUCGCACGGCGGACAGUGCAUAGACGGUCUGAACGGCUACACAUGCGAGUGCGCCGGCACCGGGUAUGCGGGCGACGACUGCGAGUUCAACAUCGACGAGUGCGCCUCCCUGCCGUGCCGCAACGGAGGCACCUGCAUCGACGACGUCAACGACUACCACUGCGUGUGCCACCCGGGCUUCACCGAUAAGAACUGCUCCACGGACCUGGACGAGUGCGAGAGCUCCCCCUGCCUGCACGGCGGCGUGUGUCUGCAGCGCUCGAACGUGUCCCUGUACCGCGCCCCGGACGCCCCGCCGGUCCGCGUGGGGCCGCAGCCGCACAUGGUGCUGCCGGAUGUGUUCUACCGGCCCUUCUCCCCCGAGACGGCUGGCGGCUACGAGUGCGUGUGCGUGGCGGGGACCUCGGGCGCCCGCUGCGAACACAACGUGGACGAGUGCGCCUCCUCGCCCUGUCGCAACGGCAAGUGCGUAGACGCCGUCGGCGGGUACGCUUGCCACUGCGCGCCCGGGUACGAGGGCGAGCAUUGCGAGCUGGAAAUCGACGAGUGCGCGCGCUACGCCCCCUGCGAGCACGGCCGCUGCCACGACCGACCGGCCUCCUACUACUGUUCGUGCGAGGCGGGCUGGGGAGGCCGGAACUGCUCCGUCGUGCUGACGGGCUGCCACGGCGCGCCCUGCCGCAAUAACGGCACCUGUCUGCCCUGGCUGGUGCGUGAGGACGAGCACCGUUUCAACUGUUCGUGCGCCCCGGGCUACUAUGGACCCGCUUGCGAGAAGAUCACUACGAUGUCUCUGGAAAAAUUCAGUUAUGCGGAAGUGAACACGUCGCGGGAGGAGGGCUACGACAUAUCGUUCCGGUUCAAGACCACCCUGGGCAGCGGACUCCUCGCCAUGGGACGCGGUCUGACUUUCUUCUUCCUAGAACUGUCCGAGGGAAGACUCAACCUGCAGUCGAGUUUGUUGAAUAAGUGGGAAGGGGUGUUCAUAGGAUCUAACCUGAACGAUAGUAAUUGGCAGAAGGUGUUCGUGACAGUGAACACUUCUCACCUAGUGCUGGCAGCCAACGAGGAGCAGACCAUCUAUCCCAUCAACCAGAACGAGGCGACCAACGCGUCUUGGACCUCGUUCCCGUCAACUCGCCUGGGCACGGCCGGCUCCUCCUACGUGACUCUCCGCCACGGCCCUGCCAGACACUCCAGGAAUUUCUUCGUGGGCUGCUUUCAGGACGUCGUCGUCAACGGACAAUGGGUCCUCCCCGAAGAGUCCAAUUCGGGUUCAGGCGAGGCCCGCACGGAGCCUCCGCCCGAGGAAGAAGCCGCAGGUGGCGGGGCGCGGGCUGUACUCCGCGGGGUGCUAGCGUCUUGUCCCCGGACACCUCAGUGCGCUCCCAACCCUUGUCGCUCAGGCGGAGUGUGCGAGGACCGCUGGACCGCUUUCCGCUGCACCUGCCCUCGUCCGCACCUCGGCGACACGUGCCAGUACAACUACACGGCGGCGACGUUCGGCCAGGAACUGGCGCGGCCACGCUCCGUGGUGACGGUGGCGGUGCGCGAGGCGGCGCGCCGGGCCGUGCACGCGGCACUAGACAUAUCGAUGUUUAUCCGCACCCGCAAGUCCACCGGCCAGAUCUUCUACCUGGGCUCGCUGCCGCGCUACGGCCAGCCCGACGAUACGCUUGUGGCCGCCUCGCUGAAGGCCGGCGAACUGCUGGUGCACCUGCGAUUCAACCAGACGCCCGAGGACUACACGGUGGGCGGCACGCGCCUCGACAACGGACACCUGCACCUCAUCCAGGUGGUCCGUAACUCGACGCUGGUGCAGGUGAAACUCAACGGCACCGAGUACUUCCGCAAAUCCAUCUCGGCCGCCAAGCAGCUCGACGCGCAGGUGCUGUACCUGGGCGGCCCCCCGCCCCCGCCACAGCCCCCGGCGGUCGCGGAGGGCAGCUCCCCACCCACUCCUCCGGUCACCGAGGAGCCCGACGACGACGAUUACUUCAAAGGAGUGAUCCAGGACGUGCAGGUCUCCAACGGCGUCAACGUGACCGUCGUGGAGUUCUUCCCCCUGCAGGGCGCCCGCGUGCCGCCGCCCUUCGGGGACGUGACGCUGGACCCGCUGGGCGUGUUGCCGGGAGAGGUCUCGGACGACGCGUGCGCUUCUCGGCCCUGUCUGCACGACGCCGAGUGCCGCACCACCUGGAACGACUACGCCUGCAUCUGUCCCUCCGGUUACAAGGGGAAGCAGUGCGCGGAGGUGGAAUUCUGUCAGCUGCAGGGCUGCCCGCUUAACUCCCACUGCCGCAAUCUGGACCGCGGCUACGAAUGCGUCUCCAAUGCCACCUUCGACGGCGUCGACACGGUCCUCAGCUACCGGCUGCGGGAGCCGGGCGGCGCACACGCGCUGGACCCGCCCGCGCCGCCCGCCUCGCUCACCCUCACCUAUCGCAGCAAGGCCGGCGGCACGCUGUUCCGCGCAGAGCGCGAGGACGGCGAGGAUGCCGUGUUUAGCGUCGGACUCUACAACGGCCAGGUCGGCGUGCAAUGGCGGCUGGGCGGACUGCCGGCGCAGCGCCGCAUGCGACUCAGGCGCCCCGGCCUCGCCUGGGUCACGCUGCGACUCACGCUGGCAGACGGAAGGAUCAACGGGUCUUUCGUGGACGCCGACGGCCACGAGGAGCUGGGCCUGUCCGACGACAUCGACGUGGCGGCCUGGCAGCGUCUCGUCACCACCGGACUCAUCACGCUGGGAGGCGUGCGACCCAGUCCGCGACCACCCCUCACCACCACCACCUCCACCACCACCAUCCUACCGGCCAUGGAGAAUUCCACGGACCCGAAUGUUAUGGAGUACUCCGAGGAUGACCUCAUAGAUGACAACUUGGCCGGAGAAUAUUUCAAAGGCUGCCUGGGAGCGGUCCACGUGGGCGGCUUGCUGCUGCCCUUCUUCACGGAGGAGCAGUUGUUCGUGGGGUCGGCGGCGACGUUGCUCGCCGCCCAGCCUCACUACGCACUGCUCGGGGGCGAACCCUGGGGAGCCUCCGAGGGCGCGGGCUGUGUGCUGUGUGUGGAGGCGCAGUGCCAGCGGGGUGCGCACUGCCAGGACGUGCGGAACUCGUACGCCUGCGCCUGUCCUCCCGGGUACGCCGGCGACUACUGCGAGCGAGACAUCGACGAGUGCCUCCACCACGACUGUCGGAACGGCGCCACCUGCAAGGACGAAGUCGCCAAGUACAGCUGCCUCUGUCCCGCCGGCUACGACGGAGACCUGUGUGAAAACGACAUCGACGAGUGCGCGUCCGGUCCGUGCGGUCACGGGGCGACCUGUGUGGACGAGCCGGGCGGCUUCCGCUGCGAGUGUCCGGCCGAGUGGCGCGGGGUCCGCUGCGACUCGCCCGCCGCCACCACCUGCCGCCACGCGCCCUGCGCCAACGACGCGCAGUGUCAGGACACGCCCGAUCCGGUGACCGGGAACAACUACACGUGUUCGUGUGGCGCGGACUACGCGGGCGUCCACUGCGAGCUGGCGUUCUGCGAGGUGACGGCCUGCGUCCACGGCGCGUGCGCGUCGGAAACUCGACCCCCGGCGUGCUCGUGCAGGGCGGGCUGGGGCGGACGGCUGUGCGACGAGGAGCGGGACGAGUGCGCGGACGCCGCCUGUCUGCACGGGGCACGCUGUGUGCCCACCAGACCGCCCACGUGCGACUGCCCACCAGAGUGGCGCGGAGCUCGCUGUGAGCUGGACGUGGACGAGUGCAGCGAGCGACCCGUCAGCUGCGGCCCGGGGCUGUGCCGGAACCUGCCCGGGACAUACACAUGCGAGUGUCCGGAGGGCUUCUGUGGCGACGGAUGCGUGCUGCCUGACCCUUGUGUGCGAUGGGAGGCGGCGACGGAGCGGGGGGAGGAGGGGGACGGAGGCCCCGGGCCCUGUCUGCACGGAGGACGGUGCGAGCAGCGCUGUGGCUCAGAAGUGGACUACAUGUGUCACUGUGUGGACGGCUGGGGCGGCAAGAACUGCUCUCGUAGGGUGGAGGCCAGCGAGGCGACCGGCGGGGUGUCCCGAGCGGCGCGGUGGGCGCUCGGCGCGGGCGGAGCGCUGCUGGCGCUGCUGCUGGCGGCCGGGGCGCUGGCGGCGCUCGCGGCACAGGCCCGCCGGAAGAGAGCUACCAGAGGAACAUACUCGCCCUCCGGACAGGAAUACUGCAACCCGCGCGCCGAAAUGAUCACGCACGCGCUCAAGCCGCCGCCCGAGGAGAGGCUCAUAUAGCAUCCACAACAACGACGAAGACAGGAAGGGGCCGGGACCCGUCGCCUUCCAGCUCCACGAGGUGUCGGCGGAACUGCUGCACGAUGGACUUACAGUAUUGUCGACGAUAGAUCAACGUGUCCGAUGUAGUCUGACGGGAGACACUCCGCACUUGAUGAAUUGUAAUCCUUCCAAUUAGUUUAUUUCAGUAGAAUGUAAAAGGAUUCGGGAACUAGCACGGACCGGCAGCCGCGGCCGCCCGCGCUGCUCGGCCCUUAUAGAUAACGGAUCCUUAAUCACUGUAUAUAGCGGUAGCGGUAGUGCGAGGGUUAUUGACCUUUAUAUAUAUCGUAUGUAAGUUAGGUUAAGUGAAACGAAAGCGUGCAAGAUUCUAAAUUAAUUGUUAGUGAAGGGGGUCGGCCGCCCGCGAGCCGCGCUCCGCCCGGGCCCGGCCCUCAGUGCCUUACACACAAGUCUGUAUAUUGACCGUUAAUGUUAGUGCUAGGAGCGAGCCGCCCCGGGCGUCGCCGCUCGAUGUGAUGAAGUGUACUUAAUAUUGGUAUGGCGCGUCCCCGGCCCGCGCCGGCGGUGUCUACAUUCCCCGAGCGCUCCGAGUGAGCCGCUCUUACUGUGAUGUGAUAUUUUAAAGCGUCGGUCCGCCUCUGCUGCGAGCCGGCCGCCGAGGGACGCCGACCGUAUCUUGUUUGUAUCUCGUUUACCUUGUCUGUAUAUAUGUGUCCGCACCCGCGGGUGCUCUAGUGUAAGUAGUAUUUAUUUGACCCUCGUCUGUCCCAAUGAUCGUCAAUGGGAUGUGUAUUAUCAAUUUUCUCGUCCAAUUUUAUCACUAGUAGGCGUAAAGCGGUGAGAGUAUCGGCAGAGCCGGCCAGCGAGCGUCCCGCGGCCCGGCCUGGCCGUCUCUGUCCGUCAUCGUCUCCGCGACGCGAGUUUCCUUUCGGUGUUAAUCCAGAACCACAAUGUAACUGCAAUAAAUAUAUCUUUACAUACGAAA